GUCGCCAGUCUGUCAUUCUUCAAGCUAGAACGUCCAUUUACAUUUACGAUUUGGAUCAAUGUAUUUUUCCGAAUUGUUGUGCAUAUUUUCAUUCUUUUAUAGAUCAUUCGGAUUUUUCCACUUGGAUUUCUGGUAAACUAAUACACUAGUCGGCAAAAUGAAGACUCCGGCAGUAGAAUUGAAGGAACCUCUCGAUUUAACAAAACUCAUGGACAAAGGCGUCGUCUUUGAAGUGAAUACAAACGAAGAGGAAGAAGCUCACCAACUCGACGACGAAGAUGUGGAAUAUACCAACAACCUUCUCAAAUACCUCAAUUUGGAGGUAGCCGGAGAUGACCUCAAGGCAGAAGAUACUUACGUCGAAGGGCAUCCUUUCGAAAAGAUUGCCUCGAAUAUGUUCAAUUUGUUGGGUAAUGGCAAGAUUAAGAAGCGCGUGUUGAGGGAGGGCUACGGGCAGAAACCACCAGACAUGUCCGUGGUCAGGGUGCACUAUAAUGGUUACAUAGAGUACCAAGUAGAGCCGUUUGAUUCGACCUAUGCUAGAACCAAGCCCCAUCAAUUCACGGUGAACAACGGCGAGGUUUUGGUGGGCCUAGACCUAGCAGUGCAAUCGAUGAAACUAAACGAGAAGUCCCAGUUCAUAGUCCACCCCGACUACGCUUACAGAAAAUUUGGAUGCCUAGAACGAGUGCCCGGCGACUCCGAGGUACUUUUCGAGAUAGAACUAAUCGAGAUAAUCGACUGCGGCGCCGCUGCGACGUUCGAACAGCUGCCCGAACAGGAACAAAAGGAAUUCAAACACGUCUACGAAUAUUGCCUGGCGCUGUGCGCGAAAGGCAAGGAUAUGUUCGGCAAAAAUAUAAACGGUGCUACCAAGGAAUACAACGCGGCCGUGUCGAAGUUGGAACACUGCUUCCUGGCCGACAUGGCCGAGCAGGAGAAGCAACAAGAGUUGCUGAUGAGGCUGUACACCAACCUUUUGAUUUGCCACGCCAAGACCGAUGAGCCUAAAAAGGGUUGCAUCAAUUUCAACAAGAUCAUGGAUCUGGUCAAAGGCACGGAUUUGAAAAUACCGGCGAAAUGUUAUUACAACAAUGCGAAGUGUCUGAGGAUGCUCGGGGAUUACAAGUUGGCGAAGAGACGUUUGGAAGUUGCUUAUAGGGCGGAGCCGAAAAAUCCGGAUAUUUUGAACUUAUUGUUGAAUCUCGAGGACGAUAUGAGGAAGAGCAGGAGAGAGGAGAUAGAAAGAAGCAAGGCUAUGUGUGGCAUAAAGGAAGCCUAAAAGAUUUAUCCGUUUGCUUUUCAGAUAGUGUUAGUUUGUAAGUGUAAAUGUCAUAAAUGUAAUUUUUCUGGACUCUGAAUAUCUUCAUUUCAAUAUUAUCAAACUUCUAGGUUUAUGAUAUACUAAUAACAAGGCAUCAGACUUGAAUUGUUAUAAUUUGUUUAUUUCUUGAUGGUCUAUUUUAGGAACAAACGAUCCCUUUUUUUACUCUCAGUAACUCAGAAACAGAGCUUAUUUAGUUAUUUGUUUUUUUUUUAAAUACCGGGUGAGUUUUUAGAGUGGGGUCAGUUGAUAUCUCCGCAGUUACGCAUUGAAAAAAACAUUUGAAUUCAAAAAAUUGUAACACUCAACUUUGAUUACUAAAUUUUUGAAAUGACCUAAUAUUUUUCCCUGUCUAGCUAGUUUCUCAAUUUUUUGGAUAGAAGAUGACAGAAGAACUAUUUCUCAAAAUUUUCAAAAACAUCCUGUAAAUUUCUACAUUAUUUGAUUCCCCUUUUUACAUACCUUUUUUUAUCAGAUUUGCAAGGGUUUGUUUGUUUUUUUUUUGAGUUACUAAAAACAUAUUUUACCUACAAAUAAGUAGCAUAUUAAUUUUUAGGUAUUUUUAAUUUACGAGAAUAAUUUUUUUCUUUUUUAUUUUCAUACAUACGAAAUAUGUUUUAGGUUUUGCAUUAUGUUUUUCUCUACUACUGUUUGUGGAAGAGAAUUGAGAAAACGCGUAGACUUUCUACUUAGAAACUGAAAUAAUAAUCAGUUAUUAGUCUUAGCUUAAAUGUUUGUAUUGUAUAUUUUUCAAUAGUAAAGAAUAGUUCUUAAGGUUAUGUUAAGUUACGCCUGUAAGAGGGAAAAUCAAAGGCUGUGUGAAUACGUUAGUAUUUUCUUAUAGGAUCUUUCCUAAUUAUUAUUUUUGAGCUGAAAUAAAUGUUAUUUUCACUUCGUUUUAUUUAAGUUUUAAUGGCAAAUUCAAAAUCUACAAAAUGGAAGCGCCAAACAUGUACUCUUCUACAACUCCCAAAAUCCUGUUUUUAACCACUGCAAAUAUUUGAAAAUGACAGUAAACGCCAAAAAACGAA